AUGGCCGCGUCGGAUCUGGAGAGCAAGGCCAAGGAGGCCUUCGUCGACGACGACUUCGAGCUCGCCGCCGAGCUCUACACCCAGGCCAUCGACGCCGGGCCCGCCACCGCCGACCUCUACGCCGACCGCGCCCAGGCACACAUCAAGCUCGGCAACUACACUGAGGAAUCUAGCCAGGCACCAGUAAAGAAGGUUGAGGCUCCUGUGGCUGCUACUGUUGAGGACAAGGAGGAUGCCACAACUAUGGAGAAUACACCGCCAGUGGUAGAACCCCCAAGCAAACCUAAAUACAGGCAUGACUACUACAACAGUGCCACAGAAGUGGUGCUGACAAUAUUUGCUAAGGGUGUUCCUGCUGAUAGUGUAGUCAUUGAUUUUGGUGAACAGAUGUUAAGUGUAUCCAUUGAAGUCCCUGGUGAAGAACCAUACCAUUUUCAGCCCCGUCUGUUUUCUAAGAUUAUCCCUGAGAAAUGCAAAUAUCAAGUCUUAUCCACCAAGGUCGAAAUACGCCUUGCAAAAGCUGAGCAGGUGACAUGGACAACCCUGGAUUAUAGUGGAAGACCAAAGGCUGUUCCCCAGAAGAUAAGCACGCCAGCUGAAACAGCCCCAAGACCUUCAUACCCAUCUUCAAAGGCAAAAAAAGACUGGGAUAAACUGGAAGCUGAAGUAAAAAAGGAGGAGAAGGAAGAAAAACUUGAUGGUGAUGCUGCAUUGAACAAAUUCUUCCGUGACAUCUACAAGGAUGCUGAUGAAGAUAUGCGGAGGGCCAUGAUGAAGUCGUUCGUGGAAUCUAAUGGCACUGUUCUCUCAACCAAUUGGAAAGAUGUUGGAUCAAAGAAGGUGGAAGGGAGCCCUCCUGAUGGUAUGGAGCUCAAGAAGUGGGAAUACUAA